AUGCUGCUGCUCCUUCUGCUCACAAAUGCUUUUGUCCUUCUGCCCUGGGCUGGGGCUGGAAGGAUCAUUGGUGGAAUGGUAUCUAAGGUCCGAUCCAGACCCUACAUGGCGUUUUUAGAAAGUAAAAAUGCGACAAACAUUCGUAAUUGUGGAGGGUUCCUGAUUCGCCCAGACGCAGUGCUCUCAGCAGCUCACUGUGUCGAUAUGCAAGGGAGACCGAGGGUCACUGUGAUUCUGGGAGCCCACAACAUAAGUGAUGAAGAAUGCAGCCAGCAGAAGAUCUCUGUUGCACGAUGGUUCAUCCAUCCUCAAUAUUCCCGUGAACGAUUCAAAAAUGACAUUGUGCUGCUGAAGCUGGAGCAAAAUGCCACGAUCAAUGAGUAUGUGAAAUGUAUCUCAAUUCCCAAGAAAAAUAAACAUGUGAGAGUAGGAACUAAAUGUAAUGUGCCUGGCUGGGGCUGGACAUCUAAGGAAGAGGACAGGACUGAUGUCUUGAGGGAGGUGGAACUGAAGGUGCAAAAAGAGAAAAUCUGUCAGCGGACUUUCAGUGACUACGAGCCUCAGUCUAUGAUCUGUGUUGGUGAUGAAAAGCGUAAAAAAGCAGUUUACAAGGGUGAUUCUGGUGGCCCAUUAGUCUGCAAUAAGAAGGCUCAUGGCAUUGUUUCUUAUGGAUGUGAUUGCAACCUCUUUCCUGAGGCAUUCACCAGGAUCUCCCACUUUGCGCCCUGGAUCCAUCAGCAGCUGAAGAUGUUUUCACUCCAAGAUACUCCUGGCUCUCCAUCCUCUGACUAA